AUGGAUGGGAACCCCAGCAAUGGUAUACGCCUUGCCAAGGCAUGCAGUAUAUGCAGACGAAAGAAGGUCAAAUGUGAUGGGACUCGGCCAGUCUGUGUCCCCUGCAGAACAUUCGACUUACCCUGCAAAUACGAAGACACCGUGCGACGCAAGAAAAGCACAACCUGUAUAUUCUACUUUGCUUGUUGGUCUUUACAAGACGAAUUGAAUGAAGCACAUGCGUCCAAGAGACGGCGACUGUUGACUCGUGACAAAGACACAGGCCCAGAGCAUGUCCAACCCUCAGAAGCAUCUGAUUUAGAGUUGCUAUCUCCGAGAAAUGGCACCGCUCAAGCAUUUUUCGAGACCCAGGCCGAUCGAGACCAUGGCGAUGAAGGGUCAUAUACCAUUAAAACUCCGAAAGGCGCAAUGCGCUUUUUUGGUGCAUCCUCUCAUUUUUCGAUCCUUUCCCCUGAGGGUGUGGGCUGGCUUGAAAGCAAGACGGGUAAUAAUGUAUGGCGCCAUGUCGUUCAGAGAAACAGCAGUCGAUGGAGGCUAGCCGACUGGUAUCCUCGAACUCUUCAAGAUGAUUUCCAAAGCAGAUGCUCCCAACCAUUACCAUCGAAGGCGGUCAUCUUAGAUCUUGUCCAUGAAUAUUUUGACACGUUCAACAAGGCCCUACCGCUCUUCGGGCCCGAAAGUUUUAUGGCAAUGGUCAGCAGACACUUCUCAUGGAAUCCUAACGAAAGUCCCUCAUGGUGGGCUGCAUUCAAUAUUGUCCUUGCCUUUGCAUACAUGCAAAGGGCAGAGAGUUCCGGUGCCAGCAGCGACGACUGGCAAGAAUGCUUGGGUCAUGUCAAAAACGCAAUGAACGUGGUCACAGAGUUGUUCAUGCGAACCUGCGAUCUCCUUGCUGUUCAAGCGCUUCUUGGGCUGGCAAUCUUCUUUCAUGGCACGCCAAACCCACAACCUCUGUUCAUGUUUGCCGCUGCAGCUGUACGUCUGUCACAAUCUAUUGGGUUGCACAAGUCCAACUACUUUGGUCUUCCGGCGUCCCAGAUCGAAGAAUGGAAAAGAGUCUUCUGGAUAGCGUUCAUUUUGGACGCCGACAUCUGCCAGAGGACCGGCCGCCCUGCUGCCCAAGAUACUCGCGAUUACAGUACUUUGCUGUCUCAUGAGAACCCACCUGAUGGCUUAGGUCACUCGCUCGAUUUGCUGUCAUCCAACGGAAAGUUUGCGAUGCUCUAUAGCACCGAUGCAUACAAUAAGACUCAAGAACAGUUGAUGAAAGAUGUGAGGGGUUGCUUCAACGAUCUUGAAGCAUGGAACCGAAGUAUCCCACCGAUCCUCCGGUCCCGAAGAAACUUUUCGACCGACCACCAUCUCUUCCUACCGAGCAUCCUCAGACUUCACUUUGCAUACCAUUGUUGCUACGUCAAUAUCCACCGAGUCUGUCUACUUCCUCGGCGCUGGCCGACCGGCCUACAGAGUGAGCGGCUCAGCCCCCCGGGUCUGUCGAAUGACCAAGAGAGAUUAGUCCAACAAUCAACGGAAGCAGCAAGAGCAGCGAUCGAACUGAUCAGUCAAGUCCGACGACACUACGGCCAAACCUUCGAAUGGAGCAUUGUUUACUUCCCAGGAGCAGCUUUGGUUGCAUUGUUCUCCCAAAUCCUCACUGAUCCUUCGCGUCCUGACACUGAAUCGGGUAUUGCUAUGAUUCAUGGGGUUGUCAGUUUCAUAUCAAGAGUCGCAUCCCAAGAGCAAGAUACAUAUUUGGACUAUGUAUUGGCAUUGUGCACUGACUUCGAAAAUGCAGUCAGGAAACAGUUUCAUCGGGCCAGAAAUCCCGAGCUAGAACCCACGAUUGAUGAUCAACCAGUUGCCAUUCGUCCGCAGGGGCAGAUGUGCACGCAAGAUGACUACUUGGCCCCGAACUCUUUCCCGGCUUUUUUCAAUCCUUCCCAGGCGACUGAAAAUAAUGCCGACAACAUCCAGUCUUCAAACUUGAUAUCUACAGAUCAAGGUUCCUAUACUACAGGGCCACCCGCUCCUCUUUCUUUGAACUGGCAAGAUAUGCUAGCAGUUGUUCCUCCGGCCUAUGAUUUUGGUGCAUAUGAUUUAUCUGAAAGCACUGGAGAGUUGGGAAUUUGA